CCGCUUUGUCACUGAAUCAUCUCCAGUGUUCCCUCACACUCAGUGAAUCGCUUGCUAUACUAUCGCAGAAUGCCUCUUCAGCUGCGCCCUGCUGUCCCAGAGGACAUCCCUGAGAUGUGCCAGGUCUAUUACUCAGCCUUUGGUGACACCUCUAUCGGAAGCCGUAUCUUCACGUCCGACAUUGAAGCCUCAAAUCGCUUCUUUCAGAAGACCUUCACGGAUGAUAUGGCAGACCCUCUGUGUGAAUUACUCGUCGUCACGCACAAAUCAUCCCCAGACUCAAAAGACGAAAAGGUAGUCUCGCUAGCGAAAUGGACCCUGCCUGGUGCCCCAAUUCAAGAUCCUCCACCAGCCGAGGCAUGGCCAGCAAAUGGUGAUCUCGCCGUCGAGUUCUUUGGCGCUAUGACACGAGGCCAUCGCAAGUUCAUGGGCGAUAGACCUCAUUAUUACCUUGAAGUCAUCUGCACGCACGAGACCUGGCAACGCAAAGGCGCGGGCACUUUAAUUCUCCGCUGGGGCAUCGAGCGUGCAGACACAGAUGGUCUCCCAUGCUUUCUUGAGGCUACACCCAAGGGAAAGCUGGUGUACGAGAAGCUCGGAUUCAAGGUAAAAGCUGAGGAGGAGUUUAAGUGGUCGUUCGGAACGUUUGUGGAGACGUACAUGGAGCGUGAUGCAAAGAUCGAGAAACGGACAAUGACGCGGCCGAAAUCCAAGGAAUUCGCAUAGAUCUUUGUGUCACUGAAUGGAGAUUUGCGCGGGUUACAAACACUGGGCUGCUUUUCUGUCUCGCGCAGGUGGGCUCCUUGCAUCUUCAACUCUAACUACGAAAUGAUACACAAUGUGCACCUGCG